UCACGUUGCUGCGCGAUGAGGAAGCCUCGCGGAGGCUCAGUGACCAAUCACAGCCGGCGGCCGGUGGGCGGUGACAGCGCGGCUCAAACCUUCAUAAAGAAGCUCCUGCACACCGAAGCGGUCAGUCACAGCCCGCUGAUCUAUGUGGUGAAGAUGGAAGCGACUCAGGACAAAGUGCAGAAGAAGUCUAUUCGCCUCAUCGCAGCAAUCACCAAGGACAGAGGCAUGGGGAAGGAUGGACACAUGGCCUGGAGUAUACCAUCUGAAUCCAAGUACUUCAUGGACACAAUCACGAGGGUGUCGAAACCAGGAAAGAUGAACUUGUUCAUCUGGGGCAAACUGUGCUUCAGAGCCCACCCAGCAUCUGACUUCCCAAUGGCCAACUGUUUACAUGUGGUGCUGAGCGAGACACUGAACUCAGUUCCAGAUCACGCCAACUUCUUGUGUCGAGACUUUGAGAGCGCCGUCCUGCUGGCAGCGAAGCCCCCACUCUCCGACCUUAUCGAGACCAUAUGGGUCAUCGGUGGGAGGCGGGUCUACGAGGAUGCGAUGAAGCACCCCUGGUGUGACCUGAUCUACCUGACAGACGUCAUGGCAGAGUUCGACUGCGACGUCUUCUUCCCCGAGUUCGACAAAGACGUGUUUAAAUUACAAGAGAGCUUUCCCGAUGUACCGAGUGGAAUUCAAGAGGAUAAUGGCAUUAAGUACAAAUGUGAGGUCUUCAAGAGAGAAACUGGUGUUGCCGUCGAGGCAGAAUAAGCAAAAUCACUCUGCCGUGUUAUUUUUCAGAUUCUGAUUCUGCUUGUCUGCUUUAGACAUUUCACAGUGUGACUGCACACGCACGCUAAAACCAAAACUCACUGUGAGUCAUUGUAUUCGAGGAGAAGCCAAAGUCUUUUUGACAAACACAGAAACAUUCCAACUUGUAUGAAUGUGACUUUUGUAAUCCAUGAAAAACUUGAAACAGUGUGAGCACAGACACUUAGAGAUCACAUCAUUUCAUCUGCCAAGGUUUUUAUGUGACGUUACUCUAUUCUGAUCAGUUCAGGUAGAGAAAUAAAGUUAUGACUGUAACUAUGGGACCGAACGAUGACCGUCACCAAAGGUCUUUACCUUGAAUGAAACCAUCAUCUAUGUAUCUGUAUAACAAUGAAGUCAUGUGACUGACUGUAGGAGGCAAUGACGGCCAUCGUUCUCUCUAAUAGAUCCAAAGCUUCAGUCAUAAUUCACAAUCUAUUUCGACCUCACUCCUUGGAUGUCUUGUACCAUGAAUGUUGAGAGGAACAGAAGACACUCCGCUCCAUCUCAUCCUCGCUCAGACCUGGAUAAGCUCCAGCCCUGACCCUGCCAUGAAGCUGCUGCACAGAUUUCUAGAAGAGGAACUCCCCUUUUAAAAGCAGCCCAGCAGGUGGCCACACUGCCGGCCACCAGGUCACCUGGGACUGGGAGGUUCUGCCCACAGACGGUGCUAACGCCGUUCCCAAUUUCUUCCCAUUGAAGCAGGCAAACAGCUGGCUGUGUGAGCACCUGAGCAUGAUGACGUCGUGUUAUUUAGAUGGAUAUGGAGACGUGUUACAACUUGGGAUUUGUUGCUCGAAGUGGAAAGACGCAGAAUCGCUGAUGAAGGUUUUUCACAUUUUGGACUCAUGACCGUCACACUGGAUGCCUCAAGUCCUCUGGUCGUCUGCUGGACGAGCUGCUGUGGAGGAAAACAUAAAACUCACCUGUUCGGCUUUUAUUCAGCUUGUGUGAUCUGACUUGCAUCUUCACUGUCGUGCCUUACUUCUUACUUUGUCUCUGUGUUAUUAUUCUGUUUAAAUGUUUACUUAACUUAACACUGCAUUAUGAAACUUGAAGCUGCAUUUGAUGUAUGACUUCUGUGCUUUAUUAAUAAAGAUUUUUUUUGCUUGA